UUCCUGCCCACAAUUGCGUUUUUGAAAUUUUCUUGAUAGAUCUGCACUCUUGUGAAGGCUGUGUCUCAGGAAUGGUUUCACCGUGGCUGUGCAUGUGUCGAUCUUUCAAAGGAAAUUGAGUUCGUAUGACUUUGUCGAUGUUGUGAUUGUAAAAGCUGCUUUAGCAAGUUGCUUGUUGUUCAUGUUUAUGGUUUGACCUUGACAUUGUUCAUUUGCAUUGAAAUUAAAAAACUUAAAUUGGUCACACCAAAGGACUUUCCAAAUAUAUGUUUACCAAACAGCAUUUCUCUUAUAGUUGCUUUCCGAGGCACUUUUCGAUUACAGUUUACCAAACAGUCUUUGCAUUUCCCCAAAGCCCUUUAGGCUAAAAGCCUUUGCAUUUCUCCAAAGGCUUUCCCCAAAAGCCGAACCAAAUGCUCCCCAAGAGUACACUUACCUUUUUAUUUCUUUUGAUACCAAAACACCUAAUCUCAACUUUUCUUUUCAUUCGAAAUGUCUUCUUUUGCUAAUGGAAUUUUAUCUUUUUGUUUUAUUUUGCGCUGUCAAUCAUGUGAUAGUGUGAGCAAGUGCCAAAGCGACUUAAGCAAACAUUUAAUAGCAAGAAGCGAUGUGGAUGUUGAUCAACUCUUCCAACAAGGAUGAAACAAUAUAGGUUAUUCUGAAAUUAAAAAAAAAUGAUGAUAAACUCAAGCAAAUCUAUUUAGUGUAUAACUACACUAACUGAUGAAAAAUAUUAAAAUGACAACACCUAUAAUUAAAGUAGAUUUUUUAUAAUUUGAAAUGUACCUCUUAGUUACGUCGGUAAGUUCUAUAGACAUACACGCGAAGAAUAAGCUAGGAAACUCUGCAUGAGAGAGUUUCUCGCUUACACGCUCAAAACAGAAGGUUGUAACGUGUGAUGGCAUUGAUGGAGCACAGUCAAUCUUGCAGAGCCACUCACCAUGGUUAGAUUCUUUCAUUUUGGGCUGUCUAGCAGCUCCCAGGGGCUGAUUGUGAACACGAGAAAUUAUCUUUGGUGUGUGAAAAAUGCUGGCCCCAAAAUCCGGGUCCGUGAUUGUAUGUCUUCUCUGAGACAUUAUUGCCUUUCUGAAAUUUCUCCUUCAAAAGUUGGGAUUACUAGUCCCACCAAGAUUCAAAGUCUUUCUUUGAUGUACUGUUACACGCGUGAUUGCUCCGACUUCUUUUUGAAAUAUGCAAAAAGUGCCAUGAAAUGCCAGGAAAAAGGAGCAAAACUGAUUUACUACGCCUUUUUACUCUUUCAUAAACUCUCCAAGGAUUGCUCAUCAGACUAGGAAGAAUCGUGCACACCAGAAGUAGUUCAUCUCAGUGAAUAUGAAGAGAAAAAGGGACUCGGACACAGCAACGUCGCCCUCCACGGGUGAAGCUAGUGAGUCACUGGGAGCUGAAUUUGAGGUGUUCUUGAAUUUUAGAGGGCCGGACACCCGCCUCAGUUUCACUGAUCACCUCUAUCACUCCCUUGAUGGAGCUGGGAUUUGCGUCUUCUUAGACGAUUCAGAGAUCCGAGAAGGCGAAAAGAUUGGAGGCGAGCUUCUACGUGCAAUCAAGGACUCCAGAAUUUAUGUGCCCAUCUUCUCCCGAGACUAUGCAUCUAGCGCAUUGUGUCUUUGCGAGCUUGCCCACAUGGUGGAAUGCUCAAGAAGAUCGACGGACAAAGUGAUCCUUCCCAUUUUCUUCGACGUUGAUCCGUACGAUGUUAAACUUAGAACUGAAUUAUACGUCGAUGCCUUGAAAAAACACGAGGACAGGUUUGGCGCAGAUGAAAUGCAACGGUGGAAGGAUGCUCUAAAAGAGGUCGCUUCGAUCAAAGGAUGGCACUGCAAAGAUAGAGGCCAAGGGGAACUCAUAAAACUUGUUACCAAUGAGGUUUCAAGGAAACUGGCAAGAGCAGCUCGAAUAGUGCCUGAUCAUUUGGUUGGAAUUGAUCGUCAAGUGAAAACCGUGAUGGAUUUAUUAGGCAAAGACUCUCUCGAUAUACGGUUUGUUGUAAUACAUGGAAUGGGCGGAAUCGGUAAGACAACUCUUGCCAAAGUUGUUUUCAACCAAAUCGCUUCUCAGUUUGAUGGUUGCAGCUUCCUGUCAGACAUUCGAGAACUUUCACAGCAGGGUAAAAUUGUAAAAUUGCAAAACAGAUUAUUGUCUGACAUCCUCAACUCUACGUCCAUAAAGAUUCAUGAUACUGACUGUGGGGUCAACAUGAUUAAGGGAAGAUGCCGCCACAAGAAAGUCCUAAUUGUUCUUGAUAAUUUGGAUAAUAGGGACCAACUCAUGAAGCUAGUGGAAAAGUGUGAUUGGUUCAGUCCAGGGAGUAGAAUUAUUGUGACAACUAGGGACAUCAGUUUUUUGAAAAAGAACAAGAAUAAUGCUUCAAUGCAUCCUAAAGUGUAUUACUUCUACGAAAUGGAGGAGAUGCAUAAUUCUUAUGCUAUUCAACUUUUUAGUAGAUAUGCAUUUGAGAGCGAUGCUCCUCCACUUAAAUAUGAUAGAAUAACAAGAGAAAUUGUGAAAAUCACUGGUGGACUUCCGCUGGCUCUUGUGGUUAUUGGAUCCUCACUAGACUGUGAGAGUGAAGAAGUAUGGGAGGAUGUAUUAGCCAAGACGAACAAGAUGCUUCACGAAGAAGUUCAGGACGUAUUGAAGGUAAGUUAUGACAUGUUGGAAUAUGAGCAGAAAGAAAUUUUCCUUGACAUUGCAUGUCACAUGGCCGAUGAACAAAGAAGCGAUGCAAUUUUUAUGUGGAGAUCUUGUGAAUUUUUUCCCAUUGAAGCCAUCACAGUUCUUGUUAAUCUGUCUUUGAUAAAGAUUAUGAAUGACCGCAUUUGGAUGCAUGACCAACUCAGAGAUUUAGGGAGGGAACUUGUUCGCAAGGAGAGCAUAGAACAUCCUGGAGAGCGUAGUAGAAUAUGGUGUCCCACCGUAGCCAUGGAUGUUAUACAAAGAAAAGAGGGAACAAAGAAAAUAGUAGCUCUCAAACUAGGUGGGCAAUCUCAAGUGUGCAAUAUUACACGUGAAGACAUUUUAAGGCUGUUGAAGUUAAGGUUCCUUGAAUUGGGUGGAGGAAACUUUGUAGGCGACUUCCAAAAUGUCCUUUUGGAGCUAAGAUGGCUGUCCUGGCAAAAUUGUCCGUCAGAGUUUCAAGCUACUAACUUCUCUCCAAGCAAUCUAGUUGUCCUCAAAAUUUCAGAAUCCGACAUUACAAAUGAUUGGGGUGGAUGGAGCCAAAUCAUGGGAAAUGGUAGGUUAAAAGUUCUGCAUCUCGUGAGUUGUAGAAGGUUGAUCAAGACGCCUAACUUCUCUACAUGCUUGACUUUGGAGAGACUCAUAGUGAAGGAUUGUGAUAGGCUGGUUGAAAUUGACCCAUCCAUUACUAUGUUGAAGCAUUUGAAGCACUUGGAAAUUGAGGGGUGUAUUGGUUUGAAGGUGCUUAAAGGAGCUCCAACAGUACUGAAUCGAGCCAUGGCAUGUCAAUCAUGGCCAGACUUAUUGGGUAAUCUAAAGCGUCUAUCAACUCUAAAGAUGGAAAAUAUGGAACUCCUUGAACUUCCGGAUUCAAUAGGAGAGAUGGCUGGUCUUCAAAAGUUGUCUUUAAGAAAUUCAUCUGUGAAUCAACUUCCAGAGUCAAUUGGGAAACUAAAAUCUCUAGUCAAGUUGAAUCUAUCUUGCACGAACAUUGGAGAGCUGCCCGAUUCGAUUGGAGAGCUUAAGAGAUUGGAGAAGCUAGACAUUGGAGAAUGUAAAUUAAGAAAGCUACCUGAGGCGAUAGGGAAGUUGGAGAAGCUUGCACAUUUAAGUGUUAGCGAGUGCAGAUUUAUGGAGGGAGAAAUUCCGGUGGAAAUUGGGGCGCUAUCAUCUUUGAAAGAACUAGACUUAUCAGGAACCCGUAUUUCUAAAGUGCCAUCAAGUAUUAGUCGGCUUUCUCAACUUCAAAUUUUGGAUUUGCUUGAUUGUCAUGAGCUUCAAGAAUUGCCAGAGCUUCCUACAAGUUUGGCACGUUUGCACAUUUCAUCUUCAGCAUUACAGAGGAUUCCAGAUCUGUCAAACCUGACCAACUUAAGUUUUCUGUGGUUAUCUGAUCAUGGUCAUCGUAGAUAUCUUAGUAUGCCUCAUGCACCUCCAAAUGCAUGCCAAUCUCAAGAUUUGCAGGGGAUUGGGAGGUUAACUAAGUUGAUUUGGUUGGCAUUGGACCUUGUAGACAUGACCAUGUUACCUGCUGACUUUUGUGCCCUUACUGACCUCGAAUUUCUCGAAUUACCUGACUCCACCUUUCGAUCUCUCGAGUGGAUUCCACCCGAAAUUAAGUUCUUGAGGUUCUAUGAUCUUGAGUCCACAGAUAGAUGGUCAUGCCUUCACACCUUGAAAUAUUUGUCCAGAAUAGAUGUAUGCAGGUCAUGCUUAACGGAAAUUCCACUGGAUGUGCUUGGACAGUUGGAGAACCUUCGAGAAUUGCAUGUAUUGCACUGUCUAUUCCUUAAGAGACUAUCCCAUAUACAAAGCUUGAGAAAGCUAGCGGUUUUGGAGGUUAGUCAUUGCCCUCUGCUAGUUGAGAUUCGAGGUCUGGAACAAUCGGAAUCAGUGGAGAGUUUAACAAUUUCUUCCUGCCCGUCCUUAAAAGAGCUACUAGAUUUUUUCUGCUUACAGAAUAUAAAGAAGUUGGAUAUAUCUCAUUGCGACUCCUUGGGAAGUUUGCCUGUUGUAGCCAACAAGGAAACAUGUGAGUUAUUUUCUUUCAAAUGCAGGAUGCUGCCUUUCGUUUACUAGUCCAGCAUUUGAAUGGCAUGCUGAGAAGCUAUUGUCCACGUCUGAUUGAUUUUGUUCACUCAUCGUCUUCUCUAUUUGUAGCUUGUGUAUACAUAAAUGUUCUUGCCCUUAUACUGAUAUUGAAAAGUUGCUACA